AUGGAUGGGCUUCUGGAUGAGCUGGCUGCGUGUAGUCCUUUGGUCAGCUGGCAGAGCAUGCUUGGAGAAGAAAGUCAAAGAUGCGAGUUCCUUGGCAUAGCAUUUCUUGGGAUUGGACUGUGGGCAUGGAAUGAAAAGGGAGUGCUGUCCAAUAUCUCCUCCAUCACCGACCUGGGAGGCUUUGAUCCAGUUUGGCUUUUCCUAGUGGUCGGAGGAGUGAUGUUCAUUUUGGGAUUUGCAGGAUGCAUUGGAGCUUUGCGAGAAAAUACCUUUCUUCUCAAAUUUUUUUCUGUGUUUCUUGGAAUUAUUUUUUUCUUGGAGCUCACUGCUGGUGUUCUGGCAUUUGUUUUCAAAGACUGGAUAAAGGACCAGCUGUAUUUCUUUAUAAACAACAACAUCAGAGCAUACAGAGAUGACAUUGAUUUGCAAAACCUCAUAGACUUCACACAGGAAUAUUGGCAGUGCUGCGGGGCUUUUGGAGCUGACGACUGGAACCUUAAUAUUUACUUCAAUUGCACAGAUUCCAAUGCAAGUCGAGAGCGCUGUGGUGUGCCGUUCUCUUGCUGCACUAAAGCCCCUGCCGAAGAUGUUAUUAAUACUCAGUGUGGCUACGAUGCAAGGCAAAAACCAGAAGUUGAUCAGCAGAUUGUUAUCUACACUAAAGGCUGUGUCCCUCAGUUUGAGAAGUGGUUGCAGGACAAUCUUACCAUAGUUGCCGGUAUAUUCAUUGGGAUAGCGUUAUUGCAGAUAUUUGGGAUAUGCUUAGCCCAGAAUUUGGUUAGUGACAUUGAGGCUGUCAGAGCCAGCUGGUAAAACUGCUGAAGUAACCACAACAAGACACUGGACAACCGAAACCCUCUGAAACCUCCAGUGUGUCGCUCCGACACCAAGCUGUAUGGACAUGGGUGACAGGGAAGCCUUCUCUCCCAAGUAGUCUCAAGUCUUAAGUUCCUGAUAUUGCAGUGAACUCGUGUUUCUUUGGGGUGGGGGAGAGAAGAGUGGGCUACUUAAAGUCUGCUGCUCACUGACAAUUUUUCU